GAGUGUGUUAUAAGUGAUCGCUUUGAAGCGAGCGCUCAUUUUCGACGAAACAUAGUUUACAGUGGAGAUAUGGAAUUGACCUAUACUUUUACCAUUCUUUUGGUUCUUUCUAGUAUAGCGUAUACACACGGAAAGUGUAAAUUUGACGGUACAAUACACGAAAAGGAUGAAAUCUUUGAACAUCCUCAAGAUCACUGCAAAGUUUGCCAUUGUUGUGAAAAUGGAUCGUUCCACUGCGUAACGUGCCUAUAUAAAGAAUGUCCGAAGCCAAAUUGCGGCGUAUCGAUGCAACAAAAUACUACUGAUGGUUGUUGUCUAGAAUGCAAGCCUGAAUGCAACAGUGUCAGCUGCAGUACGUCAUCGCUGGAUUGUCCCGAGUCUAGAUAUGCGUAUCAACAUGACUCUUGUUGUCCUACAUGCGGCUGCAAUACGCGCGACACAAUAUGGCGGAUGGAUACAGUGCCUCAAGGUCCUUUUGGAUCAUGUGACAGAUGCACAUGCCACCAGAACGGCACUUAUACAUGCGAGGACGCCAAUUGUCCCGGACAAAAACUCGAAUGUGUUAAUCCUAGGGCUAAGGAGAAUGGCAGCAACUGUGACUUUGAAUGUCCUGAUGGUUAUACAUGCAGAAGGACCAAUGUCUUACUGAAGCAAAACGAGUGGACGAAAAUUUCAUUUCUAUACUGCACUUGCUUUCAAGACCAGUGGUACCCGAGAGGAGCUUGUUUUGAUCCAAGGUGGAGAGGCGAAUUAAUCGAUGAUGCAAUAGCAAACAAAUGUAUGGCUGAUUUCUCAUAUGACAAUGUAACAUUAGUACCAAAAAGACGGAUUGAUUAUAGUAGGUAUUUUGCUUUAUAAGCAAUAACUCUCGCCAGCAGUAACAGUCACCCAGAUUAAGAUGACGACAUAUGAAAAAAGACAGGAAGCUUAAAAUAUAUGUAUAAAAGUGUACACAUCUCUCUUUUUCUUCGCAAAUAAUAUUUGUACCGAAAGGCAUAUCGCCCAGAAUAACCAAUAAUACCAAAUUGAA